UUCGCUGGUCAGCUCAUUUUUUCAUCGACCUCCGGAGAAAACAUAAACGAAAAACUAAAGCAAUCCUGCGCUGUUUCUGCGUCGUUUCCGACUUCCAUUUUGGUGAACAAACUCAACUCAGUGCGUGUUAUCUAAGCUCGGUGCUAAGCUACGAAAUCUCUGCCUCGCCCGCCUGCAAUUGGUUGAGCGCCGACGAAAGGGAAAAUGACGAUCUUCACCAAACCAGCGACCAAGAAGGGCGAGAAGAGCAUUCUGCCCUUGGUGGGUGCUGGUUCCGCUCCGAGUGCUCCAGCAGCUGCUGACGAUGCUUCGAACAACUCGACUGCGGCAAGCAUCAUCAUGCUGCGCCGUGGGCGCCAGCUGUCCCCGGCAACAGCCGCCAUUCUGCUGAUGGUGGCCGUGCUCGGUUUCUCGAUCGGUACGAUCGGUGGACUGUUCUACUACCGCCAGUACGCCCAGUCCCGCAACCAGCACUUCCAUGCCUUCUGCAAAAUUCCGUACGAUUCGAGCAACUUCGAGCCGCUGCACUUCCGUAGCGUGAACAUGUUCCAGCCAUUCCGGGAUGCCUCACUGCAGGGCUUCAAUAACGACGCCUCAUCGGAUGACAAUAGUAACAACAACAGUGACGGUGACGCGGCUGGCAACGAACCAUCCGGCGAUCCAUUCUUCAAUGAAGAGUUUGAGCUUGGUCUGGGCGAAGAGGAUAGCUACUCGAAGAUCGAUGUACCGCUGUUCCGUGAUCAGCGUCCGGCCCGUUUCCUGCACGACUUCAAGUUCAACCAGUCCGGUAUCAUCGACAGUGCGGCCCGACGUUGCUUCAUCAUGCCGCUCGACCGUGAGACGGUCCUGCCGCCCCGAUCACUCCGCGAUCUCAUCCAGAAGAUGCAGGAAGGCUACUACAACAUCGACACGAGCGUACUGAAGAAAACGAUGCGCGUCGUUACACCCGAACUGACCGACUAUACCGAUGUUUCGCCCCGUAUCACCAAGGAGUGCGUCGAGAUGAAGAUUUACUCGCUGGAGAAGGUUGUCAGUGGUGUCUACAAACGUUCGGCCGACAUCGUGGAGCGCCUGAAGUUUGCCGAGUUCGGUGGUAACCACAUCUCACUCAUCGACAUCCAGAACCUGGACGAGUUGAACUAAAAGGCAGGUGUGUAAGCUGUAAGGGAUUGGUCGGUUUAACAGUCGGUAUCGAAUCGAAUGAUUGGAACAUAUUUUCCCCCAAAACAAUACACCCGGUUAGCCUUCGAUCCAAGGCAUUUUUAGUGAUACCCCAAGUCGAACCGACCGAUAAAUCGAGCGAGCGAGGGGGCGGGGGUGUGCGAGAGCAAGGCAAGGCAGAAUAGAUACCUUUCUACUACUACUAUUACAUACCUCUUCUUAUCUGCUCUUCAUUUCACGCAAUUUUUACGCGCAUUGUAGCGAUAUAGAAGUGAAAUGGUUUUAACAUCAUGGGAGGGACGGGAAUGAACGCGUGAAUAGGAUAAAUUUGUUAAACAUGUUGCGCACCAACCACCAACGCAGCAACUUCUAUAUGUGAUGUGAUAAUAUCAUGCGUUUCGCAAGAAGAAGCCCUAUGGCCCUAUCCCGCGAAGAUGCACCAGCUAUGGACGGUUUUACCAACAUCGGUUUUCCUGUCUCUAGGUGCUUGUGCUCGUCAUUUCUUCUCUCCUUGUACUGUGGUGCUGUAUUUUUUAUCCGGUUUUAUAUCCUUCUUGCGUGUAAGUGUUGUAAAUGAUAGUUUGUUAGUUGUCCCACAGUUUGAGUCGCACGUUGGCUUGCCGGGCGACCGCUUUUUGUGGCACCGUUUUCAUUGGUUUUCGGUGCCCAGCUUCAAAUUUGUACCAUUUGUCAACGUGUGCACCAUUUUGGGGGGUGUCGUGUGUAUGUGUAUAUGUGUGUCGCGUCUCGCUCCGCACAACCUUGUGAGACACGUUGUAUCCUUCUUCUGGCUAGUUUCGGCGCCCCUUUUUCUGUCGUUUUUUUCCAUCACAUUGAAGCUAUAACAUUCCUCCCUUAAAAGCUGUUUAAGUCACUGCGCGCCUUCUCUUGCGCCGCAGAUUCCGAUUCGUAGAAUACCGUAAAAACCAAGCGUGUUUCCUACGUGCUAAAAACAUUGUAACAUGUGUUUCACAUUCGUAGCGAACCUACACAGAUAUGCACAGAGGUGAGCCGGGGGUUGGUGUGGCAGAAGCACGGAGGAGAAGGAGGAGGAAGAGGAGGAGCUGGAUUGAUGCGCUUAGUGCGGGGAAAUGACAGCGAAACGUAUGGUUAUUGGAAUUGUAAAGAAUAAAACACUAUUAGUAAAUA